UGUGAAGGGGCCGAUACAUCUGGGUCUGCUGAACGAGAGGCUGCUGCGUGUGGAAGGUAAAGCGUGUCCUCUGCAUCCAUCACAAGACCAGACAGAAAAGUGGAGCGUUACCACAAAGACCAUCAAGGACAAGUUUCAAAAUCCUGGAAAAUCUGAUGCACCUGUAAACGACACCUCUGAAAUUCACCAGUAGUUAAAAAAAACAUUUAAAUGAGUACAAAUACAUUUAUGUGAAUGAGACAUUUCAAUACACAAAAUUAUAAAUAAUAUGGAUAAAGAUUAAA